AUGGCCCUGGGACAUCAACAGCUCCAACACCACAUCGGAAGACGUCCAUGGCCGAGCAGGGGUUCUGACGGCCGUCGUCUGCUAGCCACCUCGGCCCUGGACACCACCUCUAGCGCUGUGAUUGGAAGCAGACGGGUUGAGUCUGCGCAACAGCAUCCUGAACGAAGUUCUUGCAUGCAGCAACACCAUCAAGUGGGCUUGGUCUACCGCUCCGUCGAACCGCGGAAAAACAAUCUCGCAAGGCAGCUUCUCUCUCCUCUAGCUGCAGCCGACGCAGCACAGCGAACUCGCCGUCUUCCCCCCUCCACGCUCCGGCCUCACUUCUCACGCACGAAAAUACAUACAUUCAAACCCUCCCCAGGAGCAGUAACUCUCUGGGACAUAGAUCCGAACUGGCGACUCAUCCCUGCUCCGUGA